CAACUUAUUCCAUACGUUGAAGAAGAUGGCUCCAAGCAUGAUGAUCGUGGUGCUGCAAGUCAGCUUCGUUUUGCUAGUGAAGAGAGAAGGGAAAUCAUGGAAGUAAAUAAGAAACUGAAGCAGAAGAAUCAGCAGCUGAAGCAGAUCAUGGAUCAGUUACGGAAUCUUAUUUGGGACAUAAAUGCCAUGCUGGCAAUGCGGAACUGA